AUGGAUCUGCUUCCUAGAGCCCCAACAAAGAUGACAGUGCAAGAUGUUCCUCGUGCCUUUCCCACAGUGGAUGUCCCAGAUCAUGCCCAUUAUACAAUUGGAGUUGUCAUUCUUAUGGUGGGGAUUACAGGAACUCUGGGUAAUUUCCUGGUCUUCUAUGCUUUCUGCAGGAGUAGGAGCCUUCAGACUCCCGCCAACACACUCAUCAUCAAUCUAGCUAUUAGUGACUUCCUGAUGUCCAUUACACAGUCUCCAGUUUUUUUCACCAGCAGCCUCUACAAACACUGGAUUUUUGGUGAGAAAGGCUGUGAGCUGUAUGCCUUCUGCGGAGCUCUUUUUGGCAUUACAUCUAUGAUCACUUUGAUGGUGAUUGCCUUGGACAGAUAUUUUGUCAUCACUAAACCUCUGGCUUCUGUUGGAGUGACGUCAAAGAAGAAGGCCCUAAUAAUCCUGGUAGGAGUCUGGCUGUACUCUUUGGCUUGGAGUCUCCCACCCUUCUUUGGAUGGAGUGCAUAUGUUCCUGAGGGUUUGCUGACUUCCUGUUCCUGGGACUACAUGACUUUCACACCAUCAGUCCGUGCCUACACAAUGCUGCUUUUCUGCUUUGUCUUUUUCAUUCCUUUGAUAGCUAUCAUAUACAGCUAUGUCUCUAUCUUUGAGGCUAUCAAGAAGGCCAACAAGUCUAUCCAGACAUUUGGAUGCAAACGUGGAAACAGAGAGUUCCAGAAACAGUAUCAGAGGAUGAAAAAUGAGUGGAAGAUGGCCAAAAUUGCAUUGAUCGUCAUCUUGUUUUUUGUCAUUUCCUGGUCACCAUACUCUGUUGUUGCUCUGGUAGCUUUUGCUGGGUAUUCCCACGUCCUAACACCUUUCAUGAACUCCAUACCAGCUGUGAUUGCCAAAGCUUCUGUCAUCCAUAACCCCAUCAUUUAUGCCAUCACUCACCCCAAAUACAGAAGAGCCAUUGCAACAUAUGUUCCUUGCCUUGGACCCCUACUGAGAGUUUCUCCUAAAGACUCACGGUCCUUCAGCAGUUACCACUCCUCCAGACGAGCGACCAUAACCAGCCAGUCUUCUGAGAUAACUGGGCUGCAGAAAGGAAAAAGGAGACUGUCUUCUCUCUCUGACAGUGAAUCAGGCUGUACAGAAACAGAAACUGAUACUCCCAGUAUGCUCUCCAGACUUGCCAGAAGACAAAUUUCCUACAAAACAGAUGAAGAUACAACUCAGACUAGUGAUAUAAGAGCCAAACUGACAAGCCAGGAUUCUGGGAAUUGUGGGAAGACAGCUGUAGAUGCUGAUGACAUAUUGAUGGUGGAAUUGAAUGCCUCAGAGUACACGGCUACACCUACUCAAACAUCUAAAACAUGCAGCCUGGAGGAAAUCAAGAAAAGUGAGAGCCUGAACAGUAUUGGACAAAGAAAAGGAAAGUGUCACCAGGGAUCAUCUUCAGCCAAGAUACCCAGUAUUACAAUAACAUGCAGCAGUGUCCAAGGAGUAGAGCUGCCUUCUAGAUGCAACUCUGGUUUCCUGUACCCUAAAUCCAGCAAGCAGAACAAGAAGUCCAGCAGUUAA